UCUCAAAGUGGUUGCUCGUGAAUCCGAUCCGAUCCGAUCCGAUUCGAUCUGGGUUUGUUUUUCUGGUGCGGUAGGCAAUGGAAGAAUACCCAGAAGAGUUACGCACUCCUCCUAUUACACUAACAUCAAUUGUUGGGUGCCCCGAACUUCACCCGUUAAUUUCGACCCAUCUUUUGUCGGAGCAACCACCCAUUAACACCCUCGCCCUCCCCGAUUUGUCUAAAAUCAACGUUUUCCAGAAGAAGAGGGAUCCCGAUUCCAUCACCGCCACGGCCACCACACCCUCUCCCGUUGUUGGCGGCAUCUUGAAGCGAGAUUGGUUGCUCAAACAUCGCACCAAGAUCCCCGCCGUCGUUGCCGCACUUUUUCCGGCGGAACACGUCUUUGGUGACCCCGCUCAGUGGCUUCAAGUCUGCUCCGAUCUCGAUUCAAUCAAGACCGUGAUUCGUGCCAGGAACAUCAAGUUCGCGGUAGUAAUCGUCAACGCUAACGCACACGAUGAGAUCAGUGAAGAUAAAAUGAUUGCCUUGAGGAAACGAGCAGAAGUAGAUGCUAAAUAUGUUGUUAUGUUAAACCCAAAUGAUAGUUCAGAACUCCAACAGUCUCUCAACAGGCUGGCAAGUACGUUUUCUGAAUUAGCCAGUACAUAUUACAGAGAAGAAGGAAGAAGGAUUAAACAGCGGAUAGAAAAGAAGAAUGUCAGCUCGGUUGAGUUGAUUGUUCGCUACUGCUUCAAAGUUGCUGUAUAUGCAGAAUUCCGAAGUGACUGGGCUGAAGCAUUGAAAUUUUAUGAGGAGGCCUAUCAUACACUGCGUGAGAUUGUUGGGGUAACAACAAGGUUACCAGCAGUACAACGCUUAGUUGAGAUAAAAUCUAUUUCCGAACAGUUGCAUUUCAAGAUAUCAACCUUGUUACUGCAUAGUGGGAAGGUUACAGAAGCAGUGUCGUGGUUCCGCCAGCACAAGAAUGCAUAUAAAAGGCUUGUUGGUGCACCAGAAGCAAUAUUUCUUCAUUGGGAGUGGAUGAGUAGGCAGUUUUUGGUAUUUGGAGAACUGCUGGAGACAAGUUCGAAAACCACUCAAAGCUUUUCGCCUGUUAUUCUAGGCUCUUCAUCCAAACCUCUGUCUGAGUGGGAAUAUUACCCUGCUUAUUACUACCAAUUAGCAGCUCACUACUUGAGUGAGAAGAGAUCAACACUGGAACUUGCAAUCUCAAUGUCAGAAACUUUCAAUGCGAUUGAUAGUGGUGCUGAUUCAGUAGUUCCUUCAGUGUAUGCGGGUCAGUUUGCUCGGUUACUUGAGCAAGGUGAUAAUGUUGAUAUGCUACCUCUCAGUGAUGAAGAGUACACGCGCUAUGCUGUUUCUGAAGGAAGAAGGUUCCGAGAUUCACUUGAAAUUAUUGCUCUUCUAAAAAAAGCCUAUGAAUCCUACAGUAGUAUUAAAAUUCAGAGGAUGAGCUCUUUUUGCGGGUUCCAGAUGGCCAAAGAAUAUUUUUCUGAAGGCGAUACUGGUAACGCAAAACAGAUUUUUGAUAGUAUUGCUACCCUAUACAGAAAAGAGGGAUGGGUAACUUUGUUAUGGGAUGUCUUGGGUUACUUGCGUGAGUGCUCACGGAAAAAUGGUACUGUUAAAGACUUUGUGGAGUAUUCCCUUGAAAUGGCUGCACUGCCAAUUUCAUCUGAUACUGUUGUUCAGAGAAACACUGGUCCAGCUAGUCCUGCAAAUCUACUGCAAAGAGAAAUUGUACACAAGGAGGUUUUUGAGCUUGUCAGUGAAGCUUCAGGGUUGGCAACAAACGAACAUCCUAGUAAUCUCAUGAUCAGUGGAGAUGAAUCACUUCAGCUUGAGGUUGAUGUUGUCAGUCCUCUUAGGUUUGUGAUGCUUGCAUCAGUUGCUUUCCAUGAACAGAAGAUCAAGCCUGGAGCAUCAACCUUGGUUACAGUGUCACUUCUUUCCCACUUACCACUAAUGGUGGAGAUUGAUCGAUUAGAAAUCCAGUUCAACCAAUCUGAUUGUAAUUUCUUCAUUGCAAAUGCCCGAAAACCUCAAUCAGUAGAAGUUAGUGGUAUUCAACAGCACCGAAUGGAGACAGCCCCUUCUCUUUCCCUUGAAUCAAACAAAUGGCUAAGGUUGACCUAUGACAUCAAAUCUGAUCAAAGUGGAAAACUUGAAUGCCUGUCUGUUAUUGCAAAAAUUGGAUCACACUUCACAAUCUGUUGCAGAGCUGAAAGCCCUGCUUCACUGGAUAGUUUAUCUCUUUGGACUUUGGAGGAUUGUGUACAAACUGUUCCAAUAAAAGAUCCAAUUCUUGUUUACUCUGGUCAGAAGUCUGUCCAAGUUGAAGAACCAGACCCACAGGUAGAUCUGUGCCUUGGUGCCUCCGGUCCUGCUUUAGUGGGAGAGAUUUUCUUGGUACCUGUAACAUUGGUUUCGAAAGGCCAUGAUGUCUACUCAGGUGAAUUGAAGAUCAAUCUUGUGGAUGUGAGGGGAGAUGGCUUGUUUAGUCCGAGAGACUCAGAGCCAUACUCUAUGAAUAAUCAUCAUGUGGAGUUGCUUGGUAUAUCUGGACCAGAAGGGGAAGAUGAUUCUCAAUUAGAUUCUGACAAAAUAAAGAAAAUACAGCAAUCAUUUGGACUAAUUUCUGUUCCCUUUCUUAAAAAUGGAGACUCCUGGUCGUGCAAAUUAGAAAUCAAGUGGCACCGACCUAAACCUAUUAUGCUUUAUGUAUCUUUAGGUUAUACUCCAUAUAAUGAUGAAUUAAAUUCACAGAUGGUCCAUGUCCAUAAGAACUUGCAAAUUGAAGGGCACACUGCUAUUGUCCUUAACCAUCAUUAUUUGAUGCCAUUCAGACGAGACCCGUUGUUACUCUCUAAGGACAAGCAAGCCUCGGAGUCUGAUCAGUCAGAAUCACUGCCCUUAAACCAAAAAACUGUACUUAUUGUUAGUGCAAAGAACAGCACUGAGUUGCCACUAAGGUUAAAGUCCAUUUCCAUAGCAGUAGAGGAUGAUGUUGAAAGGACGUGCUCUAUUCAACAUGGGAAUGAGGAGUUUUCAGACCCAGCCCUUCUUGUUCCUGGGGAAGAGUUCAAGAAGGUGUUCUCAGUCAAUUCCAAUAUGAACAUUCCAAAACUCAGACCAGGAACUGUUUGUUUGAGAUGGAGGAGGGACUUUGGGGUUCAAGAGCAAUCUGCUUCUACUACCACAACAUUGUCUUGGGUUGUGACUAAACAAAAGCUGCCUGAUAUGAAUGUGGAGAUACCACCGUUGAUUGUGAGUUUUGAAUGCCCCCCUUAUGCCAUACUUGGAGAUCCCUUCACAUACUAUAUUAGAAUUUUGAACCAGACACAAUUACUGCAAGAAGUUAAAUACUCACUGGCAGACGCACAAAGUUUUGUAUUAUCUGGGUAUCAUAAUGACACUAUAUAUGUUCUUCCAAAAUCCGAGCACAUUCUAAGUUACAAACUUGUCCCACUUGCUUCAGGCAUGCAACAGUUACCUAGAUUUUCUAUGACUUCACUGAGAUACUCAGCAGCAUAUCAACCAUCAAAUUCUUCAAAUUCUGUUUUUGUUUUCCCUUCCAAGCCUCAUUUCAAGACUGCAGCCUCAACCAACUUUAGGGUGGAGUCAGUUGCUAAUGAAUAAAUCUUGUACAUGGCAAAUUUCUUUUCAUUUAAUUUUGUUUCCCAUUCUCUUGUAACCAUUCCCCCAAGGUUUGGGGGAGACUACAUAUUUUACAUGGAAAAACUGCAUACAUGGUAUUUUUUCGAUUCCUUGUU